UUUGUGUUUUCUUCGUUUCUACCUCUAGUACUGACUUAUUCCCUCUCUCUCCUUAUCUCUCGUUUUUCACUCCCUUUUUGUGUUUAUUAGUUAUCAUCUUCUUAUCAUCUUCUUCUUCUUAGUUUUUUAUUCCCCAUCGAACUUAAUUCUCCGAUUUCUCAUUUGAUCUUAAGACGCCGAAAGAUUGAAACCGAAUCACCCAAGUUUAUAUAAUUUUUAAAAAGUUAGUGAAGAAAAUAUGGGAAUCUCCAGCCUAUUGUCUCUCUUGGCCAUUUUCAUCCUGUUAGUCCAGAGACACUGCAUAGCCUUCUUCUUACACGACGGGUGCCUCAUCAUGGAACACUACAACAUCAAGACGUACGAAAACUCCAUAAGCUUCCUCAUGCUAUUCCCUCCCGAGGAUGAUUUCUUCCUGAGUGUCACCCAGGAUGCUCCUACCUCCUACUUCUACCCGGCGAGAGGCAUAGAUCACGAAGGGCCUCAGACCUGGAUGCAGAUGGAUCUCCGCCUGAACGACUCCAUCGAAAUACGUUUUCAUAAUGGGACGACGUGGAUGAAGGAAGCCAGUCCUCUGAAGGGGCUUCUUCUUAAAUCCUUUUCCAUGUCCUUCGGACUUUGGGCACCGAACUGUCCUCAGA